AUGAAUCCUCCCGAGUUUCAUGGUGACCUUGACCCUCUCAAAGCUCAUGAUUGGCUCACCAGUGUCGAAAGGAUCUUUGAGGUAACUCCGUGUUCAGAAGAAGACAAAGUGGUUUGUGCUACUCAGAUGUUGCGGGGACCAGCUGCCCAGUGGUGGACAAGUGCUUCUGCUAGAAUGACUACCUUAGGAAUCGACAAGACUUGGGGCCAUUUUAAGGCCGCCGUGUUAGAGAAGUACUUUCCAGAUAGCAUGAGAGCUCAAGAGGAGUUAGAGUUCCAAAUGCUACGCCAAGGAUCUAUGACUGUGGCUGAAUUUGCGGCAAAGUUUGAAGAUAUGGAAGCCUAUUCAAAUCAAGCUCUUUAUGCCCCAGAUGAAAGUUGGAAGAUUAACCAAUUCAAGAUUGGACUCAGAGGGGAUAUAGAUUAUUGUAUGGGGCAGCAACGUUAUAACACUUAUUCGGAGAUACUUGAACAAUGUUAUAUUGCUGAGCAAAGCCUGAAAAAGAUUCAGCUAGAGAAGGAACAAGACAAGCCAAGUCAGGACGAGUAUAGGAGGACAAGUCAGCACUUAAAACCAAGGGGAUCGCCAUCUAAAGGCAAGCAAAACCAGAAUGUGAGGCCAUCACACCCGCCUCUUUGUAGAAGUUGCAAGCGGAACCACUUCGGGAGUUGUAAGAAUGGCGAAGGGGGGAAGUGCUAUAUAUGUGACAAGGAAGGUCAUUUUGCUAGGAGCUGCCCAAACAAGAAUCGCCAAGGAGGGACUACAGGAAGGGUGUAUACACUUAAUGCAAGGAAGGCAAAGGGGAACCAUGAGUUAAUUGCUGGUACGUGUUUAGUGAAUAAUCAGAAAUGUCUUAUUUUGAUUGAUUGUGGAGCAUCGCAUUCUUUUAUUUCACCUCAGUGUGUUCAACGUCUCGGGUUAGAGAUUGUUCCUUUAGUUUCUACAAUGGUAAUUGGCACAACAGUCGAUGGUAGUGUAGAAGCUACUCAGAAGUGUGAGGACUGUGUCGUAACUGUUGACGGUCGAGUCUUCUUAGUGGAUUUGAUUUGUCUACCGCUUAAGAGGGUGGAUGUGGUGUUGGGAAUGGAUUGGCUUUCCGCCAAUUUAGUACUCAUUAAUUGUAAGGAAAGGGCCAUUCUAGUUCCAGCUGUUGAAACUGCUCCGGAAGAUUCAAUGACCACCCUCUUGGAAGGUACUAUUCAUAUGAUCAACUGUUUAUAUGAUCAAGAGAACAUUUUUAUUCUUUUUCUAGCUGAGGAUUCGAAAGAGCAGUCGUCUGUUUCACAAAUUCCAGUAGUUUGUGAAUUUCCGGGAGUCUUUCCAGAGGAUAUCACUUCCUUACCUCCUGAGAGAGAAGUGGAAUUCUCUAUCGACUUGGUACCGGGAACAACCCCAGUUUCCGUUGCUCCUUAUAGAAUGUCACCAGUUGAACUUAAGGAGUUGAAGAGUCAAUUGGAAGAGUUAUUGUCCAAACACUUCAUCAAACCCAGCGUUUCUCCUUGGGGAGCUCCAGUUUUGCUGGUCAAGAAGAAAGACGGUGGGAUGCGCUUAUGUAUUGAUUACCGCCAGUUAAACAAGGUAACCAUCAAGAACAAGUACCCGUUGCCUCGAAUUGAUGACCUGGUGGAUCAAUUGAGAGGAGCGUGUGUAUUCUCAAAAAUUGACCUACGGUCUGGUUACCACCAAAUUAGGGUGAAGAACUCGGAUGUUCCAAAAACCGCAUUUAGGACCCGGUAUGGCCAUUAUGAAUUCCGCGUGAUGCCAUUCGGAGUGACGAAUGCACCGGCUGUAUUAUGGAUUACAUGA